AUGGAUGCUAUCGCACAAGAACAUUGGGCAUCAAAAUGGGUUGAAAGUCGAAUUGGUCAAAUCCCAGAAGGUUCUUGGAUGGUUGGAGGCAACGCAAUUGGUCGAGGAUGGUAUGAAGAAGGAAGGCAUGUUGGAUAUGUUGUUCCUGGUCGUGGUUUAGUCAUCGGUUAUAAUGGUAAUGAAGUCACGUUGAAUCAAUAUGAAGUUCUUUCUGGUGAUCAAUCUCAGUAUC